UUUAAGCAGCUUUCCCGAGAGAUGUUCGGACAAUAUCAGAGAAGAUUCACUGAGGUGUUUUUAUCCACAUUUUGUUAUGGGGAAAGAGAAGAAAACAGUAAAACUAGAAAAACAUGAACCAGACAUGCGUGCGAUCAUCGUAGGUGAAGUAAAGAAAUCAACCCCCAGGAUGAGAAUUGUGAAGUCAAAGGAGAAGAUUAAAGUUACCGCAUCAGACAGCAGAUCCACCACAGACAAGGCUACAACUACAUGCGAGACAUCAGGGAAUAUAAUGAGGCUUUGUGUCAACUUGAUGCCUGUUUUAGCUUCAGCCAAGGAGCCUAUGGAUGAGGAGGAGGAGGAGGAGAAAGAAGAAGAUAUCAGCUGUAAAAAUAAAGAGGAACCAAAGACCGGCAGCAAGAAUGACCGAUUAGUCACCAAAUUAGUGCAGCAAACACUCGAUGCAAGUGAUUCUUACACGGGAUUAACUUUGGGCAGGGCCACUGAAACCAAACAAUCACCAAAUCCUCGGUUUGUGCUGCCAACUAUAACUCAACCUAAACCAGCUCCUGAGUGUUGUGACCAUCAGCGGACCAAGAGGUUCCUCGCACCUUUGUCUCCCAUCAGUUUAUUGGAGAGAACAACAACCAUCUCUCCAAACUUUGCAACUAAAGGCUUUGGAGACGAUGCACCAGUUACAGGACAAGUGUCAGACAGCAGGCCCUGGAUAGAUAAUCCCAUGUUCUCUAAAAGUACAUCUGCUGAGUUUCGUCUUCCUGACAUCUCCUUGUCCAGUCUGGAUGCCCUGCUGCAGACGGUCACACAGAAACUGAGGAGGAAGAGGAGAGGCGGUGAUGAGGGACCAUGGAGACAAGUCCAGUCUGAUCACCUACUCACGGCUGUUAGCGAACAACGUUUGAGCGAGGAGAGGAUCGGGAAGCAGACCCGCCCGGCCUACAUGUAUGUUUGCGGAGCAGCAACAGAAACAUCAGUGGGUGGACCCAGUGUAAACAGACAGAGGAGCCUCCUUCCGAUUCUUUCUGCACCUAAACCCACACUCUUCCUCACUAUGACGAAGAAAAAUCACCUGACUUCACCCACACUGCAGUGACUCCUCAGAAACAGCAGCAGACUAGA